UCUUGAGUAACACUCUUCCACAGGCCUAACCUAAAUGUAACCGUUUGAGUAGCCCCUCUAUGGGGCCACAGUCUAAAUUCUUGUUCCACAUUAUUUUAUUUUACCUCACGUUCGCACGUUCAUGUCAGCUAAUUUAACUCAUAUUGUUAAUGACGACAGAGAGAUUUUUACACGGGGAAUUUUACUGAAAAAAAUCUUUUAUCCCGAUUUCAUGGAUGCUCAAUUAGCAUAGGGUACCCACAUAAAUGAACAACGACUGUGUCGUGCCUGUCAAAAACGACACGAAACCUGCAAAUUGAUGAAGAGAAACUCGUAAGUAGAAGAGGGUGAGGGAAGUGAGGGCAAUUGCAGUUGAAGUGGAUGGGUGAUUGGGACAAGUUUGGUGGUACACAUCUCUCUGCUUGGAGUGGAGGGCACUGCGGGGAAUCACCAGCUGGUUCCUUAGUUUCAUGCAAUGUAAAUGGAGAAACCAAUGCCAAGGGAGGGCAGAAGAAUUGCAUGUAGUUGAUUAAAAUGACUGCGGUGGAGGGGAAAGGAAGCAGGAGCAGAUGCAUACUGGUGGCAGUCAAGGCGGGGGUGAGUAGUCACCAGCUUCUGACGUGGGCAAUCUCCAAGGCUGCGCAGCCAGCAGAUCAUGUCAUUGCUCUUCAUAUUAUCACUCACUCAGAACUGUUUUCCAAGGAGCAAAGUAGAACAAAUUACCAGGCUACUGAUUUCUUUAAUUCAGCUGUUGAAGCCUAUGAGGAGUUCUGUAGCCUAAAACAGGUAGAUCUUCAUUUCAAGAUAACUUAUGGAUCUUCUGUAAGAAAAGUGCUUUUUGAAGAAGCAAAAUUACAUGAGGCAACAAAAGUUAUUCUAGGUGCUAGUAAGCACAAAACUUUAGGGUCUUCAAUUUCACUAGCCAAGUAUUGUAUGAAGAAAUUACCUUGCAGCACUUCUGUUCUGGUUGUUGAAAAUGGCAAGGUUAUCUUUGAGAAGGUUGGAGUACAACAUCUGUCAGUAACAGCUAAUGCCCCUCGGCUAGGAUUGUUUAAUCCUAUACUAUGGAGAAUCAAAAGCAAGAAUUGCAAAGUUUUGAAAAAUGGCGGAGGAAAUUAUUUACCUGUUGUAGAGUGCCCUUUGGAAGGAACAGCUGUAAUCUCUAGUAACAAUUAUGGUUCUGACGCAUCUGAUAACAUCUGUGAUCUUGUGUCAGAUAUUGAUUGUUGUAAAAUCUCUCCUGUGAACAUAGUCAAUGUUUGCCAAUACACCUUAUCUGACAAGGAAGCAUUCGAAAGGUCAUUCCUUUCUCUAAAAUCUAGUUGUGCUCUCUGUGAUUCGAAUAUCCAGACUCUGGUUUGCAGUGAGAAGAAAUAUGAAGGACAUGAGUUAAAGGAUUCGAGAAGUCUAUCUACAUGUUCAUCUCUUCAGACUGUUUCCAGCACUUCCAGUCUUUUCUCUCAUAGAGAAGAGGAGAUUGGUUCUUGCACAACAGUUAAACCAAAAGUUUCAAAUUUGUUAAUGUCAGGAUUGCAUAGACAAAAGGGAGUGUCUCCACCUCGGUGGCCUUUCUUACAGAGAGCUAUUUCAUUUAGCAAGCUUCCGAGACACCAAUCUAUACCAAGGAAAAGGUCUGUGAUUGAAUUGGCACAACAACUUCCAUAUAGCCAUGCACAGACGUCUGAACAGUUUGAAGUAAAGCCAGAAGUUGCUCAUGAGAUCUGCAACCAAGAGUAUAAGAUGCAGUUUCCAAAGGAGGUAACUCUUGUUAAAGCUUCAGAAGAAGAAGCUGGAUUCCCUUGCAGUGAGCACGUUGAACCAAUUCCUGAAGAACAUUAUAUGGCAAAGAAACUAGAAUCUCUUUGUGAAGGUAAAGCCUGUAGAAAAUUUAUGUAUCAGGAGCUGCAAUCUGCAACAUCCAACUUCUCAGCAGGGAGUUUUAUAGCAAGUGGAGGAUGGAGUCGUGUCUACAAGGGUUUUCUUCCUGAUGGGCAAACAGUGGCAGUAAAAGUCUUGAAUUGUUCAUCAGAUGCAGAGGAAGAGAUCAUAUUGGAAGUGGAUAUCCUUACUUCAUUGAAGCACAAUUGCAUUAUUUCACUUCUUGGAUAUUGUGUAGAAGGCCCUAACUGGCUUCUCGUGUACAACUUUGUCUCAGGAGGAAACCUUGAAGAGAACCUCCAUGUGGGCAAGGACAAACCAGUACUUUGUUGGACAGAGCGGUUCAAGGUGGCUAUUGGAGUUGCAGAAGCAUUAGAUCACUUGCACAAUGGAUGUUCCCGAUCUGUAAUUCAUAGAGAUGUGAAAUCUUCCAACAUUCUGCUCUCAGAGAACUUUGAACCGCAGCUGGCAGAUUUUGGGCUGGCAAAAUGGGCACCAAUAACAUCUUCGCACAUCAGUUGCAGCGAUGUUUUAGGAACAUUUGGGUACCUUGCUCCAGAAUAUUUUAUUUAUGGCAAGGUUAAUGAUAAGACAGAUGUAUAUGCAUUUGGUGUGGUACUACUUGAGUUAAUAACUGGAAGGAAGCCUAUCGAUUCAAGAUAUCCCAAAGGUCAAGAAAGCCUUGUGAUAUGGGCAAAGCCACUUUUAGAGGAGAGCAUGGGAGAGCUAGUGGAUCAACGUUUGGAAAAUGCAUAUGACAUAAACGAGAUGCAAAGAAUGAUGCUUGCUGCCUUACUGUGUAUAACACAGUCAUCUCAGUACCGGCCUCACAUAAGCUGGAUUUUAAAAAUACUACGAGGAGAAGAUGAUUUAGCCAAUCAGACAUGGUUCCAACAUACGAUGACUAAGGAAAGAGAUGCUUCAGAUGACGAUGAGCACAUUGUAUAUCAGGGAGGACAUGCCAUACAAACUCAUCUCAGUCUUGCCAUGCUUGGUGUGGAUGAUGAUACUAUAUCAAUGAGCAGCAUUGAUCAGAGUGUUGACAUUUUGCAAGCAAAAGAUUCUUUCGAAGAUUACUUGAAAAGUUAAUGUAGCUGUUGAUCAAGCUUCAAUUGAUUCAGGACUGGACAGUCAUUUUGCUUGCUUUCAAUCCACUUAGUAUGCUUGCUCCUCAGUAUUUCUGAUGUUCAAGUGGUUUGAUCUUUUUCAGUUGCCAUCGCAAUCAAUCAAUGAUUAUGCUUGACCUUAAAGAAUGACCACACUGGUUGAAGUUGUAGACGGAAAGAUAUAGUAUUGAAGAGUAAAUUUGACCCUAACAUAAUGUUUUUUGAGGCCCGAAAUCUGUAGAUGCAGUGCUGUGAGGUGGAAAUGAAAUGGAGAGGUAAUCAACCUCCCUCAUAUUUGCUGCAGAUAUCAGCAAGUUAGCUUCUUUGGUUCAUAUCAACGUGCAAGAUAUGAAGACUUAUUGGUGACAUUUUCUACCUCUUAUGGCCGACUUAAUGUAUUUGAAGGAGUGAAUAACAGUGGUAUCUGAAUUAGCAUUAUUAAGCUCUUGGGUUGGCAGGUUUCAGUAGGGAGAACCUAUUACUGUUAUGGGAAAUACCUUUUUGGUCCAGUUGUGUACAUUGUGGAAAGGAUCACAGAAAGAAAUACCUAACAUUCACUACUCAUAUGAGUGCAAUAUUGACCAACCAGAUUGAUCAAGGUAGUUUUACGAAGGCAGAGCCCAAUAAUUUAUGUGUAUGUAUAUUGCUUGCUCUUGCCAUAUGGGAAACUAUUUAGGUAUGACAGAAACCUGGCAUUUGCACAUAAUUUCUUCCUACAGAGUACAUGAAAUAAAGGAAAUAUCUAUUUGCAAUUGGAA